UGACAGCACUGUUGAUUCGCGCCUUUUUUCCCCAGCACAUUUUGUGACCAGCUAAAUGUAUUUAUUUUGCUCGGAUAAAAUGAUAUUAUACGCCUGAAUUGGAAGCUGAAGAGUAGUUACCCAUUGGGGCUUUAGUUCCGUUAGUCAGAGGAGCGUGACCAACGCGGCGAAAGUGCGAUCGUGUGUGUGCGUGUGCGGGAGUGUAACAAAAACCACAAACGAAAAAUCGCUUGGAAGAUACAAUAUCGGUUAAGUACUUAGAUCUUACAAAGUAAAACUCCACCAUACACACACACGCACACACUAAGCAAAAUGUAUUAAACAAUAAAAAAAAGAACUCGCAAGAAGGGGCCCAAGAAAAUGACCGAUGUAAAUUGUCUUACAAGUGAGCACAUUGCAACAACAACUGCCAGUCCCCCAGGAACUCCCACCAAAAAUGCUGGCAAGGAUCUUGUGGAGCCCACAUCACCAUUUGUUUUGAGAGCACCGCCUAGCGCCAAAUCCAAACUGAUCCUCCAGAACAUGGAGGAGGUGCUUCACUCGGUGAAGCAGAAGCACCGAGAGAAGCACAAGCGGAAGAGGGAGGAAAAAAGAAGAGCAGCUCUACUUGAAGAUCAAAAGAAAUCCUCCCAGGAUUCUCCCAAGCCGGAUAAAGAAAAACCACAGCCGCUGCGGGAGAAAUCCUGUCAAGAAAAUGGUCUCAAGAAUGGCCGAAGGCGUUCCAGUCCCCUGAAAAGCAGCACUCCGGUGGCCGACAACCAGAGCAUCAUGAAGCACUUUUCCAAAACAGGCAAGCCAGAGGUUCUGGCUGCUUCCCCGCUGAAUACCUCCAAACCCAAGCCAGCCACCAAUGUUUUCGAGUUCAUGAUGAAUGCCCGGAAUCGCUCUAUAGGGGUUAACGAAGGCGGCACGGAAUCUCCCGGAGACCAAGAAGUCGGUAGUGAAGCCGCCACACCGACGACCAAGCGUAAACUGCUCCUUCAGGAAUGGAACGAACGCAAAGGAGGAGCCAAGAGACGGCUGGCAGAAGAGGCCCGCGGGGAGUUUAUCGAACAGCAGAUGGAGCAACGGGCUAAGAGGUUAAGAAAAAUGCUGACCAAGACUGAACAGACGGCUCCAUCAUCGGCGCCCACAGAGCCCACUGCCAAGCGCCCUCGAGGCAGGCCGCGAUCCCGACGCCUCAGUUCCGUAGAUGCGCCGGCUCUGGUCAUGGAUGCCAAACCUCAAGAUCCAGAAACAGAAGAGUUCCUCUCAAAGCUGUCGUCGCCCACAAAGAAGCGAGACAGUUUGCUUGGGUACUUCGCCAAGGUGGAAUCGCCUAAGGAGGUGGCCGAAAAACUUACCAUUGCGAUAGAAACUCCUCCCAUGGAGACACCCAAACGAAGAACGCAGCGUAGGAGGAGCCAGCAGGAAACUCCCAUCAUAGAAGCCGAAGCUACACCUUCGUCAAGACCAAGACGUUCGUGUGCUGGGAAAGCGCGCUAUGAUUACGACCUCGAAACGAGUCCUGCAAAGCAACAAAAGGCCAAGGUACCAAAGGCAGAAGAAUCCAUAGAGGUUAUUGAUCUGGACAGCAGUAAUCCAGCUGCCACGCCAAAGAAACUAGCGCCUCUGUUUGUACGCCAAUUGCCAAAGCCCAGUCCAGAUCCUUCGGUUUUAAAGGCUCGCCAGGCUUUUCUGCAAUCCGGAGUUCCAGAUAAAAUUCGCCAGGAGCAAAACCGUCAAAAGACCUACGAGCUGAUGUACGAGGAGAGCUAUGAGGUGUUUCCCAGAUUGGCACAUAUAGGUUGCGAAAACUUUGUUUCGACAAAUCGUCCUCUUGAGUUGCCGUUUGCAUUGAGGGCAGAAGAGGAGUUCUUAGACGUUACUACAGCUAUUCCCUCCAACAAACGACGUUCUAGAACGAGUAGCAUUACAAGCAUCCUUUCCGCCGACUUUACAUCAAGUAAAAGUGGUAACAAAUUCAACUACGCUACCUUACCGCAGUUGGAGAACAAACGAGGCUUUGUGAAGCUCUGGAAGAACGACUUCGAUCGCUUUCCCACCUUUAAGUGCUAUAACCAAAUGAGGGAGAAGUAUCGUCACUUCAGCGCCAUCGACAGUGCGCAGGAUACGCAACAAAUGGGCGAGUCCUUGGUGGUUACACGACGCACUCGAAGAUCUAUGGAACAACAUAUGGCUCAGAGUGAUGAGGAGGCGAAGCCGCCACCGUCGGCUCCCAACGGGGAGUUGCUCUUCACCGAAAAGUACAAACCGCUGCUGUUCGAACAGGUUUUAGUUAACCUAACGCCGGUGCAGGAGCUUCGGGAAUUCCUGUCCAGUUGGAGCAGCAAUGGAGGCAGCAAUCGCAACUCACAGGGCAUGGAUGACACCUUCGAUAUGAGCAAUGAUUCGGCUUCUAUGGGGUCGAGUAGCAACACAAUGGUGCUGGUGGGACCUUCAUCCAGCGGGAAAACCAAUGCAGUUUUUACUCUAGCGAACGACAUGAACUUCAAUGUCUUGGAGAUAAACGCAGGAAUGAAGCGUACGGGCAAGAAGUUGAUUCAGGAACUUCAAGAGGCCACGCAGUCGCAUCAAAUAAGGAAAGACAGUAAAACGGGCGGUGGAUCCUCACAGCAGUUGCUCCAAAAGUUGCAAAAGAGUGGCCUAAAGGCGAAAGCAGCUGCUGUGGAACCUCCAUCAGAAGUGAGGAAAUCCCUUAUCCUUAUAGAAGAUGCCGACAUCCUGUUUGAUAAUAUGGAUGCUGGAUUUACGGAUGCCAUUUACACCUUGGCCGCCAGUUCAAAGAGGCCCGUGAUUGUGGUGGCUACGGAUCCCAACUGUGCACAUCUUCAGCGGCUUAUGCAGCAGAACGUAAUCCAUUUUCAGGCCCCAAACGCUUUGAACAUCUCUCGAUUCCUAGCAGUUUUGUCGCUAAUGGAAAAUUGCCCCAUCGAACUGGAUGAACUGAUAUCCCUGUAUCUGUACAAUCAUCAGAAUCUGCGCAAGACGUUGAUGGAACUGCAGUUUUACAUUCAAAGUGGCGGAGAUUCAAGCAGCGGUAGAUCGGUUGGCGUUAAAUCGCCCACUAAAUCCUCAAAUAGUCGGCUGGCAACCGUAGAUGGCAGUCGCAUCCAUCAGCGAUUCUUUGAGUUCUUCACAUCGCCGCAAAAUAUCCACUAUCGAAUACCCUUUCCCGUGGACUUUAGGCUACUGCGUUUAAAUCUACCCGAGCUCAUAUCUAGUUCCCCGGUGCUGAAGGAGCAGCAGCUUUCAGGUGGCGGAAGUAGAGGCAAUGCCAAGCGAAAGUCCCGAUCUCCAAAGAAAGCCUGGCUGAGCAGCGCCACUGGGCAGAAGAGCGACAGCCAAAACUCCCCCCUCGCAUCGCUGGCCUCCUUUUACGACCACAUUUCGCUGGCUGCUCUAAUGGACUCCGACUGCAGUGAUCGCUUGCAGUGCCACCUAUCCGAGGACAUCGCGCACCUGCUGGUGGAGCAGGCUCUCCAAACUGGACUCGCGGCCAAGGAGUGUCCCUACAAUCUAUUCGACAAGCCAGAUCAAAGGGUAACCAUUUGCGGAUACCUGGGCAACGGAGUUAUGCGUUCGGAAUCUGCCAAAGCACUGGACUUUGAGCCCACCCUGCGCUCCAUUUGCCGGAGUGAAAAGGAGCGGGCAGGGCAGGAGCGGAAGUCAAGUAGAUUCUAUCACUAUCUGCGCAACCACACGGUGAACGUGACCAGUUUCACGACGGAGUACUUCGACGCCGCCUGCAGUACGUUCCAAACGACCACCAGCAAACCAGACGAUCCGCCGGCGGAAGCCGAGCCAAAGGAUUAGCUGUCGGUCGGACUUAGUUUAAUUUUGUUCAUUUGGUGGAGCAGCUCCACCGGAUUUAAUUGCAAUUUAAUUACAGCUCGAGGUAAGCAGAGUUGAUCUUUAUAGGAUAGUUUUGUGGGCACAAUGACGUUGCGUAGAUAUAAUUAGAUGAACCUAAACCUAGUUACAAGUUAAUUACGUUAAAUUAAAUACGACCUCAGCCUAUGUUAAUAAAUCAAUUAAAUGACAUGUAAAACUAAA